GUGCAGCGUUUGCGCGAAUAAAUUGCAUCCAUCCAGCCAGAGAAUCAACAAAGUUGCGCAAAUGCUUCCUUUUCAGACACGCUGAAUCAAACGCGAAGCAAUACAUUGGCAACAAACAACAUAUUCGGGCUUCAGCUGAUUUGUUGACCUUAUGGACCGCUUGGCAUGUUUUGGAAAUGACCCUUCUGACAAGCCCCCAUGUCGAGGUUGCUCAUCUAACCUGGUCGAACCCUACAUAAAAUGUGCUGAGUGUGGACCCUCACCCUUCCUUCUAUGUCUCCAGACGUCAGACUUCCCUGUGGUGGAACCUGGCUGGACAGCGCAGGAAGAGAUGGCUGUACUUGAAGCAGUUAUGGACUGUGGCUUUGGGAACUGGCAGGAUGUAGCAUAUCAGAUGCGCACCAAAAGCAAGGAGGAGUGUGAGGCCCACUACAUGAAGAACUUCAUCAACAACCCCUUGUUCUCCUCCACCCUGCUAAAUCUCAGACAGAUAGAGGAGGCCCGUACUGCAGACACAGCCAUUCCCUUCAAACCCACUGACGAUCCCCCCAGGCCCACCUUUGACUCUCUGUUGUCUCGAGACAUGGCUGGAUACAUGCCUGCUCGAGCAGACUUCAUGGAGGAAUUCGACAACUAUGCUGAGUGGGAUCUGAAAGACAUUGAUUUUGUGGAUGAUGACUCAGACCUACUACAUGCGUUGAAGAUUGCUGUUUUUGACAUAUACCAUUCAAGGUUAAAGGAGAGAGGUAGAAGAAAGAUCAUCAGGGACCAUGGACUGAUCAACCUGCGGAAGUUCCAGAUCCUGGAGCAUCGCUACCCUAAGGAGGUACAGGAUCUGUAUGAUGCUAUGAGACGUUUCGCCAGGGUGGUGGGCCCUAUCGAACACGACAAGUUCAUAGAGGGUCAUGCAUUGGAGUUUGAGCUGAGGAGAGAGAUUGGCAGGCUGCAGGAGUACAAGAGAGCAGGCAUCCAUUCUUUCUGCAGUGCCAAGGUGUAUGAGCGUGUGAAGCACGUGCGGCGGAUGAAGAGGACCAUGCUAGUUGAUGUGCUACAGUACAUUCAGGACGGACGGGCCUGCCAGCAGUGGCUCAGCAAACAGGCUGCCAUUGAUGCUGGUAUCACUCCUGUUGUCAUCACCACAUCAGUAACAGGCAGGAGAAGCGCCCCUCCUCUCAACCUGACCGGCCUGCCAGGGACCGAGAAGCUCAACGACAGGGAGAAAGAGCUGUGCCAGGUGGUGCGUCUGGUGCCAGGUGCCUACCUGGAGUACAAGCAGGCCCUGCUGAACGAGUGCAGGCGGCAGGGUGGUCUACGGCUGGCACAGGCCCGGGCACUCAUCAAGAUCGACGUCAACAAGACACGCAAGUUCUACGACUUCCUGAUCAAGGAGGGCUACAUCAACAAGGCCUAGGCCAGCCUGAGACCAAGGUUGUGUCAUAAAUGGAACCCAAUUCCCUAAAUAGUGCACUACUUCUGACCAGAGCCGGGUGCUAUUUGGGACACAUCCAGAGUCAGAACUGUUCCAGCAGAGGUCAUGGCUGGACUGGACACUAACUGACAUGUUUUAUUCUCAUGUCUUGGUGAAAUGAUGCUGUCAUGUGCUGUGAGAACUACGUUUCAAUGCCCUUCCUUUGAAAGAAAAACAAAGAAUUGUACACUAUAUUUACAAAAGUAUGUGGACACCCCUUAAAAUUAUUUGAUUCUGCUAUUUCAGCCACACCCGUUACUGACAGGUGUUUUAAAAUUGAGCACACAGCCAUGCAAUCUCCAUAGACAAACAUUGGCAGUAGAAUGGCUUUACUGAAGCGCUCAGUGACUUAAAUCAGUUUGUCAAAUUUCUGCCCUGCUAGAGUUGUCCCAGUUAACUGUAAGUGCUGUUAUUGUGAAGUGGAAACGUCUAGGAGCAACAACGGCUCAGCCGCGAAGUGGUAGGCCACACAAGCUCACAAGACCGGCGAGUGCUGAAGCGAAUAGCGCUUAAGCAUUGUCUGUCCUCGGUUGCAACACUCACUACCAAGUUCCAAACUGCCUCUGGAAGCGACGUCAGGACAAUAAUUGUUCAUCGGGCGCUGAAUGAAAUGGGUUUCCAUGGCUGAGCAACAGCACUCAAGUCUAAGAUCACCAUGCGCAAUGUCAAGCGUCGGCUGGAGUGGUGUAAAGCUCAACGCCAUUGGACUCUGGAGUGAUGAAUCACACUUGGCAGACCGAUGGACGACUCUGGGUUUGGCAGAUGCCAGGAGAACACUACCUGCCCGAAUGCAUAGUACUAACUGUAAAGUUUGGAGGAGGAAUAAUGGUCUAGGGCUGUUUUUCAUGGUUCAGUCUAGACCCAUUGGUUCCAGUGAAGGGAAAUCUUAAUGCUACAGCAUACAAUAACAUUCUAUAUGAUCCUGUGCUUCCAACUUGGUGGUAACAGUUUGGGGAAGGCCCUUUCCUGUUUCAGCAUGACACUGCCCCCGUGCACAAAAAGAGGUCCAUACAGAAAUGGUUUGUCGGGCCUCCCGGGUGGUACAGUGGUCUAGGGCACUGCAUCGCAGUGCUAGCUGUGCCACCAGAGACUCUGGGUUCGCGCCCAGGCUCUAUCGCAGCCGGUCGCGACUGGGAGGUCCGUGGGGCGACGCACAAUUGGCCUGAUGUCAUCCGGGUUAGAGAGGGUUUGGCCGGUAUGGAUAUCCUUGUCUCAUCGCGCACCAGCGACUCCUGUGGCGGGCCGGGCGCAGUGCACGCUAACCAAGGUCGCCUGGUGCACAGUGUUUCCUCCGACACAUUGGUGUGGCUAGCUUCUGGGUUGGAUGCGCGCUUGGUUGGGUUGUGUUUCGGAGGACGCAUGGCUUUCGACCUUCGUCUCUCCCGAGCCCGUACGGGAGUUGUAGCGAUGAGACAAGAUAGUAAUUACUAACCACGAAAAGGGGUAAAAAAAAUGUAAUGGUUGGUUGAGAUCGGUGUGGAAGAACAUGACUGGCCUGCAUAGAGCCCUGACAUAAACCCCAUCAAAAACCUUUGGGAUAAAAUGAAAAGCGGACUGUGAGCCAGGCCUAAUCACCCAACAUCAGUGCCCGACCUCACUAAUGCUCUUGUGGCUGAAUGGAAGCAUGUCCCCGCAGCAAUGUUCCAAACACUAGUGGAAAGUCUUCCCAGAAGAGUGUUGUUAUAUCAGCGAAGGGAGGACGUUGAGAUGUUUGACGAGCACAUACACUACAUGUAUCUCUGAAUUUGUUAUCAACUUCAGGUCCUACAUUUUUGCAUCAGUCUUGCCUUUGUAUAUGUUCUAACCAAACUGACACAAUACCAGUCAAAAGUUUGGACACACCUACUCAUUCAAGGGUUUUUCCUUCAUUGUAUUAUUUUCUACAUUGUAGAAUAAUAGAGAAGACAUCAAAACUAUGAAAUAACACAUGGAAUCAUGUAGGAUUGAAAAAAAGUAUUUUUAAAAAAUCAAAUAUAUUUUAGGUUCUUCAAAGUAGCUGCCUUGAUGACAGCUUUGCACACUCUUGGCAUUCUCUUAACCAGCUUCACCUAGAAUGCUUUUCCAACGGUCUUGAAGGAAUUCCCACAUGCUGAGCACUUGUUGGCUACUUUUCCUUCACUCUGUGAUCCAACUCAUUCCAAACCAUCACAAUUGGGUUGAGGUUGGGUGAUUGUGGAGGCCAGGUCAUCUGAUACAGCACUCCAUUACUCUCCUUCUUGGUCAAAUAGCCCUUACACAGCAUGGAGGUGUGUUGGGUCAUUGUCCUGUUGUAAAACAAAUGAUAGUCCCACUAAGUGCAAACCAGAUGGGAUGGAGUAUCGCCGCAGAACGCUGUGGUAGCCAUGUUGGUUAAGUGGGCCUUGAAUUCUGAAUAAAUCACUGAGAGUGUCACCUGCAUGUACCAUCACACCACCAUGCUUCACAGUGGGAGCUACACAUACGGAGAUCAAGCGUUCACCUACUCUGCGUCUCACAAAGACACAAUAAUCUCAAAUUUGGACUUAUCAGUGUACAAUGUAGAAAAUAGUCCAAAUAAAGAAAAACCUUGGAAUGAGAGGUGUCAACGUUUGACUGGUACUGUACCUUCCUAUUUGUACAGUACUUUAAUUGUCAGUGACACAGGAGCAGAAAAUAAAAUUGUGUAUUUAU